AUGCUGGUCCUUGUGAUCGGCGACCUUCAUAUUCCGUUCCGGGCCCAUGACUUACCAGCCAAGUUCAAGAAGCUACUAGUGCCCGGCAAGAUUCAACAGAUCAUCUGCACCGGAAACGUAUGCAACACCGACUAUCUGCACUAUCUGCGCACCAUCGCCGGAGAUGUUCACCUCGUGAAAGGCGACUAUGACGAUAACCCACACUUCCCUUCAAGCCUGAUCCUUAACCAUCCCCCUCUUCGGAUCGGUGUGCUACACGGACAUCAGGUUGUUCCAGCUGGUGAUACACAGUCUCUGGCUGCAGUUGCGAGAGCGAUGGAUGUCGACAUAUUGCUCACAGGACACACGCAUCGAUUCGAGGCUUUCGAACUGGAGGGUCGCUUCUUUGUCAAUCCAGGUAGCGCAACCGGCGCCUGGCAUCCUACAUGGCCAUUGAGAGAUCCCGCUUCCCUAGCCGCCCUGUCAGAAAGGACAGCCGCCAAGACGAAAGAGGAUGCUACCAUUGCCGACAAGAAGGCCGACGAGCCCAAGCCAAAGAAGGGUGCAAAAACGUCAGACAACAAAAAGAACGAUGACUCAGCAAAGGACAAGCCAUCCGCAUCCGAACUUAAAGACGCCAAUAAGGACGCCGAGUCAAACAAAGAUGGCGACGAGGAAGAGGAAGAAGCGAAAGAGGCCGCGGCCCCUGUCCCGAGCUUUGCCUUGCUAGACAUUCAGGGUGCCGUGGUAGUGACAUACGUCUAUCAGCUUAUCGAUGGAGAUGUCAAGGUAGAAAAGAUCGAGUACCGAAAGAACCUCGAUAGCAACUCGUUGGCAUUGCAGCGCGGCGCAUCUGGUAACGCUGUCGCAGUGGGCGCCUCAGCCACAAAUUAUGGCCAGUACGGCGGACGAUAG